UCUUUUAUUGUCUCCGAACUUUGAAGAGAAGGAAACAUCAUCAUCAGGCCACGAUUCCAAUGGCGUCGAUUCUGGGGGAUUUGCCUUCCUUUGAUCCUCACAAUUUCAGUCAACAUCGUCCCUCCGAUCCUUCUAAUCCCUCUAGGAUGAUACCUACCACCUAUCGUCCUACUCACAACCGCACACUUCCACCACCAGAUCAAGUGAUAACUACAGAAGUGAAAAACAUACUCAUACGCAGCUUCUAUCAACGAGCUGAAGAAAAGUUGAGACCAAAGAGACCGGCUUCAGACCAUCUGGCAGCAGAGCACGGGAACAAGCAUUUCCGCUUUGCUGCGUCUUCUUCAUCAUCUACGCAGGGAUUAUAAAAACCCUAACCUGGUUCAAAGCCUAUAAACAAUGUAUGAGUUCUUAUUAGUGUUUUUUUUUCAAUGUAGAGAAAAAAAAAAGAUAAGAGCAGUUCACGAAAGGGAAUGUACAUAACAUUAAUGUUUCUUUUAUAUUUUACUUCAAAAUCAGAUCGUACUGAACUUUUUGUUUUA